AUGUGUCAAAAACGAGGUUCCAUGGUCGAUCUGAAACAGCUUGGAUGGGGUCAUUGGGUAAUCGCUCCGGCGGAAUUUGAGACCGGAUUCUGUUCUGGGAUGUGUCCUACACCACUACCAAAGGACACUCAUCCAUCAAACCACGCCCUCCUACAGACUCUGCUGAAAUCCGCUUCGGUACCAUCCGUGUGCUGCUCACCGUCACAAACACGAUCUCUGACGAUCUUCUAUCGAGAUGAGCUUGGCCGACCAACAAUUCGGAAUUUUGAAAAUAUGAUCAUUGAAUCCUGUACCUGUCAGUAA